CGGAUCUUAAUCUAGUUACUUAUAUAUUUUCCAAUAAAAAACUGUGUACGAAAAGAGAAUUGCAAAUUACAUUAAUUAGGUUUGCAUUACUAUACAAUAUAUGUUUAGAUGUUAACUAAGCAACCAGUUGAACUUUGUUACCCCGAAAAGAGAAUGAGGUAACGAAUCAAUGUAAACCAUUAAAUGCUAAGAAACAAAACAAAUCAACCUUUCAAAAAGCCAAUAAUUAUUACCAGACAUGAAGGGAUGGUGGCUGUCUUAUAUGCAAAAAAGGUUUACAAUUGGGUUUAUUGUUUUGUAUGAUAUAUUAUGAAACUAAAUUUCCUCAUUCGCUUUGCUAUGUAAUUGGUUGAAACUUAAGAGCCAUGUUCUACGCCAAAAAAAAAACUUAAGAGCCAUGCAGACGCAGUAUGACUACUGAAAAAUAAAGCUGAGAUCAAGCCCAUACAAAAAAAGUCAAAUUUAAACCGUACGUAUAAAAAAUAAUACGUUUUUGUUUAUCAUCUACAACUCACGCAUUCUAAAAUAUUUGAAUCAGUGAUUUGAUACAGUGUCCAGAGCAAGUGAUAUGCUACGGUAUCCAGACCCGGUCUUAGAUUUACAUAUUCGCUUUAAGGCCACAAAGUGGCUGGUUUAAUAAAUCUUUUAGAAAUAUUGGCGAUUUGGCUAUGAUUUCCUGUAAAAGUGGAGGCCUUAAGCAGAUUCUUGCUCUGCUUGGCCCUUAACUUAAGGCCGUCUCUGGCAGUUUCUUCGCUUGCUGGAAAAAAGAUUUUACAUCAGAAAUAUGAAAAUGAAAAUGACUUAAGUAAUAUAUAGGAGAUUUGGACCAACUUACUUAUUGCUAAAUGAUUUUAAUUUGUAAGCCAAAGAAAUUUAUCAUGGUAUCAGAGCGGACCCACACCUUAACACAUUAGUUCGAUCUGGACAAUGGCUUGAUCAUCCCACUAACUGAUGGUCCAUAGAAGGCUCAUUUCCACCGAAAUUGCUAGAAAAAUAAAACAUUGUCUCGGAGGGAUAUGAUUGAUUCUGCGAGAUUAAUGGUUAUACGCACCAUUAUCUUGAGGGAGGGUAUAGGAGAAAAAAUCUCAUAUUGGAAAUAUGAAAAUGACUUAAGUAAUAUAUAAGGAAUUCGGGCCAAUUCACUUACUGCUAAUUGGUUUUAAGUUGAAAACCCAUAAAACUUCAGUAAUAUAUAAGGGACUAGAACCAAAAACUGACAAACUCUUAUCAGACGCAUAGGCGAAUUUAGAAACAUUUUAAGUUAGAGACAACACUAAAAAUAACAUUAAAAUAAAUUUUACUAGGGGGAAUUUUUACUAUUCCUCCACUAAACAAUAAAGAUCUUAAUAAAAUUAAUUCAAAUACGUGAAAAGAAAAACAGUAAGGGGAUCCCGUACCCCCGUAAGACAUAAUUUUUUUUAUACAUAUACCAACGAUUAUGCACAAGGUUAUUUUGACUGAUGCGUUUAAACUUACAACCAUUUGUAAAAUCAACAUAUUACCGUCAAUUUCUGUAGUGCAACACUAGUUAUAAACAUUUUAAUCAAAAAUAUAGUUUUAAGAUCAAGGGAAAAAGAAGGACAAAAGCAACAUUAUCAAAAUGAAUCUGACAGUCACAGACAGUAAAACGAUCAUUUUAAUAUAUUGAUAAUUAAUGGUUAAUUUUGUUGCAACAAAACAGUAACUUGUUUUCUAUACUGAGCCAGCAUAAACUUUUAAGUAAUAUUUAGAAUCAAUGUAUCAAGGAGAAACCUAUCAAACUCAAAUUUAUCUCUUUGGAUGAUCAGUCGACAUAGGUAUCUAAUUUCCAUCGCGAGCAACCGAGUUUGUCUGUCAUUAGUCGGUUGGGCCUCGGUCCACUCGAUACUCCAACUUAUAAAAAGUGUACAAAUGAGAAGGAAUUGUGCACGAGAGAUCAUUUACAGGAUAAUAUACUAAUAAGUCGCUUCCCUAUCGUUGAAACUAGAGUUUACGAAAUUGGUCCACCUCAUCUUUAACAAGAACUUUUAGUACACCAAGUACUAGUUGAUUCUGAAACAAAUAUCUAUAUAUAUAGUAGAUUAUUAUUGCCAAGCACAUAACCACUUCUUCUCUACUACAUGCAAACCAUCAAAAGUUGCACAUAAGUCACAACAUGUCUUCUUCUACAUCAUCCUCGUUACCAAAUCAUAAGUUCCGGAUCAAACUAUUGUUCUUUCUGAUCUUAAACCUCUUCCAUCUUCACACUUUAGUGUUUGCCAAUUCAUCAAACUCUAAGUUCUCAAAAUUCUCAAGACACCCAAACUCCGAGUCAUCAUCAACAAGAAGAACCAAAUACUCAAACGAUGGGUUUCUCAACUCAGUCCAACACAGCUUGGACCAGGCUCUCUUAGCCCACUCUCUCGCCUUCAGAUUCACGCUCUCGCACCGUACUUCUCAAACCCUCAUGCUCGAUCCUGUCAACGACUGUCAUGAGCUGCUAGACGACACACUCGACAUGUUGUCUCGCAUCGUCGUCAACCCUAAAGAUCACGCCAAUGAUGAUGUCCAUACGUGGCUAAGCGCAGCGUUGACCAAUCAAGAGACUUGUAAGCAAAGCCUCAGUGAGAAAACAAGCUUACAUAAAGACGGAUUCACAAUGGAUUCCGUUGUAAGUAACCUCACCGGUUUACUGACCAAUUCGCUAGAGAUGUUCGUUUCCGGUAAGCCGACACGUCGUGAAACUGGUGGCCGGAAACUAUUGUCCGGUCAGGACUUUCCGACGUGGGUUUCUUUGUCAGACCGGAGGCUUUUAGAAGCUUCGGUUGAAGAGCUGAGACCUCACGCUGUGGUGGCUGCCGAUGGAAGUGGGACACACAUGAGCGUAGGGGAAGCGCUGGCGUCUUUGGAGAAGGGGACUGGUGGCAGAAGCGUCAUUCACUUAACAGCUGGAACCUAUAAAGAGAAUCUGAAUAUUCCGACCAAACAGAAGAACGUUAUGUUGGUUGGUGACGGUAAAGGCAAAACAGUUAUUGUCGGUAGCAGAAGUAACAAAGGCGGCUACAAUACUUACCAAACCGCUACUGUCGCCGCUAUGGGAGACGGAUUCAUAGCUCGGGACAUCACCUUCGUGAACAGCGCCGGUCCAAACGCGGAGCAAGCGGUAGCCUUACGGGUCGGGUCAGACAGGUCCGUUGUCUACCGAUGCUCCAUCGACGCUUACCAAGACACACUCUACACUCUCUCCAAACGCCAAUUCUACCGCGAGACCGACAUAACCGGCACCGUCGACUUCAUCUUCGGAAACUCCGCCGUCGUUUUCCAAAGCUGCAACAUCGCGUCCCGAAAAGGCUCCUCGGAUCAGAACUACGUCACGGCCCAAGGACGAUCCGACCCGAACCAGAAUACCGGGAUUGCGAUACAUAAUUGCAGGAUAACCGGUUCGACCAGGACUUAUUUGGGUCGACCGUGGAAAGAGUAUUCGAGGACCGUUGUGAUGCAAUCGUUUUUGGACGGUUCGGUUCAUCCUUCGGGUUGGUCUCCUUGGUCGAGUAGCUUCGCUUUGAAGACUCUGUACUACGGGGAAUUUGGAAACUCGGGUCCUGGGUCAUCGGUUUCGGGUCGGGUUAGUUGGCCUGGGUACCACCCGGCGUUGACGUUGACUGAAGCUCAAGGGUUUACCGUUUCAGGCUUCAUUGGCGGGACUUCGUGGUUGCCAUCAACCGGCGUCGUUUUCGACUCUGGUCUUUUAUAAAUUUAUUCGCGGUAUACUGCUUCAAAUAUGUUAUCAAUUACUCAGUGAUUUGGUAGAAAAGAAAUUGUAAUCUACUACGCUUUUGUGUAUAAGUGUUUUGUGUUUGGUGCAUACUCUCACAUUUGUAAUCUAUCUUGUCGUGAAUCAAGUGUUAAAAGAUUGGUAUUGUAUAUAUAAACUUUGUAAUAUCGUUUGUCAUUCACUUGUGUGUA